UGUGACGCUAGGGUAGUGAUGUUCCCGUCUGCUUCAUAGCCGCACUAUUGUUGUGUUUUACCGAUCAUUGACAAGUGGAAUGAACUGCUCUCCAGUUCGUUUUUUAAAUCCAGAAAAUUGAGUGAAUAGUGAAUUGGAUGCAAAAUGGUGUUCUCGUACUAUUCUGGAAUCUUUCUAUUCGUGAAUAUAGCAAGCCUUUCAUCGGUUAGUGCCAUUGAUAUCGCUGGAAAAAUAGCCACAAACCCGGCAUGUAAAGACGACGUUACACGUCUCUGCAGUAGUCAAGUUCUCCCAAACGAUUUAGCUGUCCUUGAUUGUCUUCAAAACAGGAGAAGUGAUAGUGAUUCUGAUAUCAGAACAGAAUGUCAUUCGUUUCUGUGGCAGUUCAAAUUAAAUCUUACAAAAGGUGACCAGUUUUUGGAAGCUGCUGAAAAAAUGUGUUCUGAAGAGCUAAAAAGUUUGGAAGAAUGUAAAGACCAAUCCCUAGAAGGUCAUAAGCUGUCCUGUUUGCUGGAGAACUCAGACUCAGUGGCACAGGGGCAAUGCAAGUCAUUUCUGGUCAGAAUUGGUUCAAUAAUCUUUAGUGAUUUUCGCCUGGUGGAAAAAUUCACGACAGCCUGCCAGGGCGAUAUCUCCAAGUUCAAUUGCGGUCGUCUGGAUUCUGAAGAAGAAAAAGACCACAAACAAGGAUCAACGAUUGAGUGCCUGUCGGAGCACGUACGCAAUUUGACUAAAGAAUGCCAUCUGCAAACAUUGCGCGUUGCCGAACUCCAGGCGGAUGAUUAUCACUUGGAUCGUCCACUCUUCCUCGCCUGCCGAGAUGACAGGGAAAGGUUUUGUCGCAAUGCCCAAGCCGGGCAAGGCCGGGUUUACAAAUGCCUCAUUAAGAAUAAAAUGCAGAAUGAUAUGAGCACUAAGUGUCGAGAAAAAUUGGUUCGUCGACAGCAACUGGUUUCCGAAGAUUACAAAGUCAGCAAGGGUUUAGUCAGAGCUUGCAAACAGGAAAUCAUCGAACACAAGUGCUUCAAGGAAACGAAUUCGCCUGUUAAAGACCGGAAAGUCAAACUCGCCCAAGUCCUUCUAUGCUUAGAAAAUGCAAUGCACGCAGGUAAUGCUAUUGGAGGUGAAUGCCAGGCAGAGAUGCUAGAUCAUCGCCGACAAUUGCUGGAAGAUUAUCGUCUCUCCCCCGAAGUGGUUUAUUCUUGCCAGGAAGACAUUAAAACCAACUGCCGUACCAAGGAAAUCGGUGGUAAAACUCUUCACUGUUUGAUGAAGCAUGCUCGAAGGCAAAACGGCAUUUCAGACACGUGUCUUCGUGCGUUAGAAGAUUUGAUGCGUAUCACUGACGCAGGAUCAGAUUGGCAAGUGGAUUCGUUGUUGAAAACAUCCUGCUCCAGUGUUGUGGAAACCGCAUGCAAAAAUCCGGCAGAUAGCCAGCCGGCCAGCGUUAUUUCUUGCCUCAUGGAUAAAGUCUUUUCAGACGUAAUGACAACGGGCUGCCGUACUGCUCUGCUCGAAAUCCAAUACUUUGUUGCCCGCGAUUUCCGCUUAGAUUCCCAGCUGUAUGCCCAGUGUAAAUCUGACGCUGCCCAAUUUUGCAACGCGGCUCCCAACUGGACGGAAGAAGCCAAUGCCAUAGGACCCCAACGUAAUCCGCUCGUAUUACCAUGUCUUUAUCGAUAUGCAUACCAUCCACCAGCCGACUCCUCUCUGAAACCGGAGUGUGCGGACGAGGUACGACGCGUCAUGCGACAAAGGGCUAACAGUGUCGAUCUCAUUCCAGAGGUAGAAGAACCUUGCAUUGAAGAUUUGGCAUCGCUUUGCUUUGAAAAGACAGGGAGAGGGGAAGAAAUGCAAUGUUUACAGGACAACUUGGAGCGCCUAAGCCCUGUAUGCAAGCAACAAGUGAGCAAUUACACAGAAGAAGAAGCCGAGCAUUUGGAACUUAACCCUUUUAUCACCACCUAUUGUAGCCGUUUCCUUGAAACUCAUUGCCAAGACGAAAUGGAUGAUGGUGAUGAAGGCCAAGUAAUGGAAUGUCUUGUGGAAUAUAAGAUGAAUACUGAAACCACGAUGAAUUCAAAAUGCAGAGCGGCUGUUGAGCAUUUCCAGCUCAUCGCCUUACAAGACUUCCGCUUCAGCGCGCAUUUCAAGCGAGCUUGCAAGCUAGACAUUUCCCGUCUUUGUCCAAAUAUCAAAGCCAAACCGCAGGUUGUGGCUUGCCUGAGUGAAAUGGUGCGAAAUGAUUCGGUAGCGCAAAGCUUAGGCGUACGUUCAGGAAACCAUGUUGGAUCACAGCACCGCGUUUCUCAACCAUGCCGCCAGCAGUUGAGAAACCAGUUGCUCCAACAGCACGAGGAUGUCCAGUUCAACCCCAACGUUCGUAAACCCUGCGCGUCCGACGAAAAGCGUUUCUGCGCCCAAAUUAAACCGGGCCAAGGCCGUAUUUUGGAAUGUCUCAAAGCUCAUCGUAAACAGUUGGACGAUAUUUGCCAUGCCGCCAUUUUCCAGGCCGAAAAAGAAGAAAUGGACGACAGUGGUGUUGAUUUCCAAUUCAUUCAACAGUGCAAAGAUCCCAUUCGUCGAUUAUGUCAAAAUGAUGCCAGCAACGCUCUGGAAUGCUUGAAGGGCUACCUUGACGACAGCACAUUAGAACUCCAUUGUAAAGAAUUGGUUCUGGAACGAAUGGCUGAACAGAAUCUUGACAUACGCUUUAAUCCGAACCUAAAGAAGGCGUGCUCCAUGGAUAUACCGAAAUUUUGUCUCGGGAGUGCAUCCAAGGACCGUGAACUCGAAGGAAAAGUUGUUGAUUGUCUCAAACAGAAUUUCGUGGCAAAAAAGCCGCUGACUCAGUCUUGUUCCGACCAUUUAACAGUCAUAAUGGAACAACAGGCUUUGCAUUAUCAGCUGGAUCCUGUUCUCGUUAAUCUUUGCGACAAGGAGAUUCAAAUUCAUUGUGGACCAGAAGAGCCGGAAAACACUAGGCAGGGUCAAGUGGAAGAAUGUUUGAAGAGAAAAUUUGACACUUUGACUUCUGUUGAAUGCCGGCGUCAUGUCGCUCUGCUGAUCACGGCUGUCCAAAUCGAUAUACAGGCUGAUCCGAUGCUUCAUCGAGCUUGUGCAAUCGACUUGGUUACAUUUUGCAAAGAUGUUCCGCCCGGAGACGGACGAAAGCCUCAUAUUGGACAUAUGUACACAGCUGUUAUUGCUGAUUCAUCAGCUAGAUUUCACCGCUUAAUUGGAAAUUCUGUCACAUUUUCAACUGGUACUGAUGAACAUGGCCUUAAAAUCCAACAAGCUGCUUUGCAUGCCAAUGAAGAGCCUGGCCGGUUCUGUGAUCACGUUUCUGGACUCUUCAAGACUGCUUUUAAAAAUUGUGAAAUAAGUUAUACAGAUUACAUCAGAACUACUGAAAGUAGACAUAAAGAAAAUGUGCAUUCAUUUUGGGAAAUCCUUUCAGAAAAAGGUUACAUCUAUAAAGGAAAGUAUGAAGGUUGGUAUUGCACAGCAGAUGAAGCAUUUGUAGCUGAGGAUCAAACCAUGUUAGUGAAAUUGCCUAAUGGUCAGGAGCAAAGGGUCUCAACGGAAUCAAAUCGCCCUGUCGAGUGGUUCAGUGAAGAGAACUAUUUGUUUGAAUUAUCCAAGCUAAGAGAAAAACUUAGGCAUUGGUUAAAGAGCGGGCCAGUGAUUCGACCUUUACGACACUAUAACUUGGUAAAAUCCUGGCUAGACCAAGAACUUAUUGACCUAUCAAUAUCCCGACCUGGUGCGAGGUUAUCUUGGGGAAUUCCAGUACCCGGAGAUUCGUCACAAACGAUAUAUGUUUGGCUAGAUGCAUUGUUAAAUUACAUGACUGUCGCCAAACAUUCACAGUCUAAAAUGAAUAUUUGGCCGCCAAGUGUUCAUGUUAUUGGUAAAGACAUUCUGAAGUUCCAUAGCAUCUAUUGGCCAGCCUUUCUUCUGGCUGCUGGUUUGGAACCUCCGAAAUCCUUACUAGUCCAUGGCCAUUGGUUAGUUGACGACCAAAAGAUGUCUAAAACUACGGGUAACGUUGUCAGUCCCCAGUCCUGCAUCAAUCUUGUUACAGCAACUGGACUUCGUUAUUUCCUCAUGCACGAAGGAGUACCUGCCAGUGAUGGAAAUUUUAGUAUGAAGAGAAUGGUGCGGAUUGCCAAUUCUGAUUUAGCUGACGGCAUAGGCAACCUAGUCAGCCGCUGCUGUGGCAAGAGUUUGAAUCCACUGCAGACGCGGCUAGGCGUCAGCCCUUCCUCUUUUGAAUCCUGUGGUACACCAGGUUCUGAUUUGCUAAGUCUUUUAGAGCGCACACCUGACAUAGUGCACGAUGAAUAUCAGAAAUGGAAUUUUUACAAAGGGAUCGACCAAGUUAUGGCGUUAGUUCGGGGUGCCAACGGCUUUUUCCAAACGAUGGAACCUUGGAAAUUGAAGAAAGAAGGUCAGCUCGAUCAGCUUAAUGCGACGAUGGCCGUCACUCUGGAAACUGCCAGAGUGGUAGGCACUCUUCUUCAACCUAUCGUGCCCUCAUACAGUGAACGCUUACUAGAUAAAUUGGGUGUUCCUCAAGAAAAUCGUAGCUGGGAUUUCGCCCGGCUUCGAUGGACUACCACAGAAACUGCCCUAGGCUCUCAGCAGGCUGUUCUUUUCCCUAGAAUCAAAUUUGACUAAUUUAACAUUCAUAGGUAAUUUGUGAAAAUGCAAAGUCAUCUUUACUUUCCAUUGGCAUGCAUAGUUCAAGGAGGCUUCCUUUUGCCAGUAAAUCUUGUAUAGAUCGUGUUGAUACAAACGGCAAGUAACAAGAUUCUCUUCCUUA